AUGGACCAAUCGAACUUUUAUGAUACCAUCAGCAAUCUGUGCAGCAAGCUGCACGCAUGUCGUCAGACACGCCUAAGACUUAUGACGCAAUAUAACCUGCUUAUAGCUCCUGAGGUUUCAGAUACUUUAGCGACCACCUCAUCUACUCUACCAACUGAAGCAAUUCGAAUGAAGAUGAACUGGAUUGAACAUCGCCUUUUGAAGUCUGAGUGUAGGAUUAAUGCUCUGCGGAGAAAGUGGAAUCAAGUAAGUGUUUCGGAACAGAAUGAAUGCUUUAGUUAG